GUGAGAAGUGAUCAUGUUGUUCCGAUCUACGUCAUCAACCUUCUCAUUACUGACCUCCUUCAGCUCUGCUGCAUGAUCGUUUGGGUGGUACCAAAUGUGGAUGAGACUAUAGAUACCAUCGUCUUUUAUAUUUACUACUUUGCUCUGAUGGCCAGUGUUGGCUUCAUGGUCUGCAUCUCCCUGGAAAGGUAUUUGGUCAUCGUCCACCCGCUGUGGUACCGCUUCAGACGAACCAUCAAGACCUCUGUGGCGCUCUGUGUCCUGGUCUGGGUCCUUUCUCUUGUCUGUAUUGUAAUUUUUUAUUUCUAUUCUGGUUAUGUGUUCACAAACAUAAUAUUUAUCGUCUUCCUCCUCCCUCCCUUCCCGCUGUUAAUCUUCUUCCUGGUUGGGACCCUCAAAGCCCUGUCUGCUUCCAUGUCGGUCCCCUCUGAUGAAAAGCGACGAAUUGUGGGAAUUUUGGUUCUGGUGCUGCUUAUUUACACACUGCUGUACCUGCCUGACAUCAUUUUCUACCUGGUUGUAUAUGACAAGACCCUCGACUUCCUGUCUUCCAUCCUUGUUAGGUUGAGUCCUCUUGCAGACUUAGUCCUGUAUGUCUUCAUGAGGAAAAGGGCCGUUGACAAGCUUUUGGCUUCUGUGUGUUGCUGCAGAAUGGACAGAAAUGAAAUCAGCAGUCCAUCAGUAUGA